AUGAAUUUUUCGAAAAUUUUCUUUGAAGUGAAUAUUUGCUUUGGCAAAACCUUUGUAAGUAAUGUUUCACAGAUAAUUUUAGAAGAAGAUGAUAAAAUUAACCAAAUGAUUGAAAAAUAUGUCCAAUCAAAGAAUUUCUUGAAAAAGAAUGUACCUUUGGUUUUAAGAUUACUUGAAUCUAAAUACAAAAAUCUAUCUAAAGAUGGAAUUAAUAUAAUAGUAAGACAAUUAAAUAUUAAUUUUAAGAAAGAACAAAUUAAUAGUAAAGAUCAUUUAGAUAAAGAAAAUUGUAUUAUAGAUUUUAAUAAGUAUAUUUUUGCUGAAUAUCAUACUAUAUUAAAUGAAUUUAGCGAAUUGAUAGUAACUAAAGUUAAAAAUGAUAUUCUAGUUGAAAUAAAUACUGCUUAUAAUUCAUCUCGUCUAUCUAAAGUACAUAUUAAUGAAUUAUUAGAUUUAUUUAAGAAAAAUCAAAUAGAUAUUAUAUAUAGAAAUGAAUCUUUAUUAGAAAUUUAUAUGGAUUUUCUAUCACCUUUUAAUCUUCUUAAAUUUUUAGUUUGUAAUUAUCAAUUUUAUAGAUGUCUUGUUAUUCCUAUAAUUGAAGUUAAAGAAAAGAUGUUAAACUCAGAAGUUUAUAAAAAUAAAAGUGUACUAAACUUAUCUGAAUUUGAUGAAAUAUACUCUUAUGAGUUCAAAAAUUCUUUAUGUCAGAAACUUGUAUAUUAUUCUGGAAUUAAAGUUGAUAUGUUAAAGAAAAUUACAGAUAAUGAAAAAUUAAAAAAAUUUUUAGAUGAGUUUUCAGAAUACGUUGUAGAAAUGAAUAUUUUAAUCGAAAAGCACAAUUAUUUUAAUAACAAAAGUUUGACUCGUUUUACAAUUAACUCUUAUAUUUUUAAAUAUCUUGAUAAUAAUAAUGAUGAUGAUUUAAAAAAAGAAAUUCGACAACUCAAUAAAAAGUUAUCAAAUUUCCUUUUUAUAGAAAGUGAAAAAUAUGAUACAGAUUUGAGUUAUUACGUAAAAAGAUUUUAUUAUCUUAGGUUAAAAGAAUAUAAUCCUUUCUUUUAUCAUAAAAACAAUGAUAGUGUUUUGGGGAAUUAUGUACACGUGGAAAAAGUACCAGAUAUUUACUGGUGCUAUAAACACAAUUUUUCCGAUCAUAUUUCACGUGAAUAUGAGAUAAUUUCACUUAUUUUAAUCAACCCGUUAUUAACAAGAUAUUUAGUUGAAUUUUAA